GGUCGGUAGAGGGCGCUGUUUGUCCUGACUCACGGUAGGAAAUAAACGGACGUGGCUUUCUUUAUGUUGCUGAAAAUCUUUCUCGGUUCUGAGGAACGAUGGAAAGACGUGAGAUGUUCGAGUCUGAAGAUUCCGACAUUGAGGACGGCCAGGAAGUGGUUCGACACAAGACUAAAAUUAUUUAUCAGGACAAAUUUCCGUACAUCCACAUGGAGCCACCUGACAUCCUGUAUGAGAGGUGGGGAAAAAUAAGUCCCGAGCUGAGAAAAGAGGCAGGACACUUGCUGCACAUCUCGGUGUUCUGGUGGCACAUUCUGUACCGGCAACAGGAAAAUCACAGCACUACAGCCUGGGCAGUGGAUAUGGGCUUCCUGGACUCCAAUGUUUCAAAUGACUUGAGUUUGAAAAGGCUGCACAGAAUUGAAAUCUUGGAGCACAUUCUUGACACCGUGGAAAAAUGUUUGGAAGGCACAGAACCUGGGAGGAAAGCUAAAGAGUUGAUCAUGAUUAGCUUGUCUUUUAAAAUGGAUGAAGAUGGUCUUAUGAAGGCAAUCAAAUGGCUCAUGGAAUCUAGUCCAGGUCUAAGCAGGAAGAUCCUUCAUCUUGGCUCAAAGCAAAUACGCCACCAAGUUCUAGAUUUUGUAUUUUCUGAGUAUUCUCGUUAUGUACAGGUGAUGUCAUGUAGCAAAAAGAAGAUGUUUAGGGAGCUGUCAUUAAAUCCAGAUGAAUGGUUUUUAGAGAAAAGUGAAGAAAUGAGGAACAAAGGGAACGAACAGUUUCAGAAGAAAAAGUAUGAUCUUGCAGUGAAAUCGUACACAAAAGCCAUUAAAUACCAUACCAGCAACCACUUCUUAUACGGCAACAGAGCACUGUGUUAUAUUCGUUGUGAAAAAUACCUGAAAGCUAUGGGUGAUGGUAAGCGAGCUAUUCUACUGCAGCGAGACUGGGCAAAGGGCCACUAUCGUUUCUGUGAUGCCUUGUUCUUCCUCGGAGCUAAAGAUAAAGCAGUAGAAGCCAACAUGACAGCUCAGAGUUAUUGCAGUGCUGAUCCAGAGGGAAUGAGAGACCUCCAGCAGCAGUACGCUCGCUUCAUGAGUGAGAUGUCUGACGGCAGAAGUAAGGGCAGAGCCCCAGCAUGUUCAGAAGCUGAAGGAAAACAGAAGAAAACUGAGGCGAAGAAAGGAUCCAAUAAACGACCCGAGGGAGCAUGUGGAGUCGAUCCCAUAGCUCAACAUGUUCCUCCAGACAAAGCCUCAGAAGCAGCUCAUAGCACCGAUACUGCAGAGAAUAAGCAGAAAGCAGAAGACAGAAAGCCGGAGGAGCCAUCAGGGAAGCUGGUGUCUGACCCUCCAGGUGAGGACUACUGCUUUAAACACGCUAAAAGUGAAAUGGGGGACCGAAAGGCCAAAAAAGCACCGUCAGUUAAUCCAGAGAAGCAGUCUUUAAAGAAUAAACAGCCACCUACACAGGAAAAGCCCCAGAGCAGCAGCAGCAGCGAAGUGUGCAGUAAGAAGCAGUUUUGUGCUGCGGUACGAGAUGCUCAUACAGCGCUCAGUGACCAGCGUUGCCGCAACGCAGAGCAGUCUUUCUCUGAGGCACUUAGGAUUCUGGGCUCCACAGGGACCAAGGUUCUUGGCAUAUCUGAACUGGACAGGACUUUGCUGGUCUAUGGUUAUGCUACAGCCCUCAUAGAAAUUGGACAACCUGAGGAAUUGACGGAGGCUCAGCGGCAGUUUAAAAAACUAAGCUCUUCAGCAAACAGAACAUUUCAGUCCUUGGUUCAUUAUGGUUUAGGAAAGGUGUUACUGAAGGAGAAUAAAUUUGGCAAAGCCAAAGAUGAAUUUUUGAAUGCUCUGUUGAUGGUUCAGCGGCAGAUCAUGCCAGGAAAACUGACCUGGCCAACCACUAAAGUAACCGUUGAAGAGACCUGUCCUGAAUAUUUAAAGGAGCAGCUCGAGAGUUUUAUUGAGACCUGCAAAUUUCCUCCUAAGCCGGAUGCAGUUUGCCGCAAGCAUUGCCUUGGAGAAGGCUUUAUCUAUUUCACAGAUCCAGAUUUUAAGGGCUUCAUUCGAUUGUCAUGCUGUCAGAGUUGUAACGUGGACUAUCAUAUUAAUUGCUGGAAAAAGUUCAAAGCUGCUUCAUUUCCUGACAAGAAUGACAAGGAUUUCCUGCAGAAUUUGUGUUUUACUCCUGACUGUACUGGUACAAUCUGUCGAAUUGUAAUAUUUGACUCAACUGCUCUUAUUAAGUGCGAGUUUAAAUCACCUAUUUCUAAAAGCAAAGUUCCUGGGAUGAGAGUCAAACAGAAAUGUACAAGUCUUAAGAAGUUGAAAUCUAAAGAAGAACGAAAGCUGAGGCGGAAACAACAGAGAGCGGCUACAUCCAUAACCAAGAAUCAGGCGAACGAUUUAAAAAUAGAAGAUGAACCUGGAAAAGAAGCAGACAAAGGCAUUGACCAAACGUCGUUCAAGGAUCAUCUUGUAUACAGCGAUCGUGUUUUACACCAAAUUGAUAAAAACCGAGAUCUUUUUAAUGAUGAAGGCCACAAUAUUUUGAGUAUGCUGGUGUGUCUGAGACCAUGGAUGAAGUUGGAUGAGGAUAAGGGGCAUGAAAGCGUAUUAAAGGACCGUGCAGAUCCACAGGUUCUCCGGGAGCUAGUGGAUCUGCUGUUGGAGAGAAAGAACAGGGUUUGGGCCAGACUCUUUCUUCAUAACCUCAGUGACUGCCAAGACGUCAAGCCUAAAGUUCAUGAAUGGGCUCAGCAACUUAACAAUGCAGGUCUGAAAGCUGCCGAGAACUUUAUUGGUCAGUUCAGUGAUGAUCUGGAAAAACUGGAUCUCUCGUCCCUGUUGGAGUUUCCCCCACUACAUGAUGUAUUACAUAAUAAGGACUUCACUGUAAUAGAGUACCUGAGACAAGCCCCACCGCAGGAAAUGCGCCUCUUUAUUUGGACUCUCGAGGAAUACCGAGAACACUACCCCUCCUUGUUUACUAUCCUUGAUGACUAUUUUGAAAUGGAUUCAAUAUGUUUAGUGUUAAAGAAGACAGAAAAAGAUGACCACUUAAGUUGUGUUUAUAAGAGUAAAAGCAGAAAUCGAAAAAAGAAGCACAAAGAAUCAAAGUCUGUCUUGCUUCUAUCGGGGAUUAGAAGAGACGAAGAGGAUGAUUUCUUCUCCGAGGAAGAUUCACUGAUGCUGCUUGAUGGUGGUAAUCCCUUUAGUGUUCCAGAUUAUUUGAGGGAGCAGGUUGCAGAUUUUGAAGGGCAGUAUGGCAACCCAGGACACUUUAACCAGUAUAAGAGAUUUUCAAACAGUGACCCAGAUCCAACUGAAGAGAGUUUAUACGAUUACUUUGCACAGAUUCUGGGAGAGCAUGGGCCUCUUGAGGUGUCAGACCCACUGCUUGUGGGUGAGCUGAAGAACUUUCCCCUUGAAGCGCAGCAAAAGAUCGAGGCUGCCAGAGGACUUGAACAGUUCCUACUCGAGUCUUUCAGAUUUGUAAUGCACGGCAACGUAAUCAUGCUGAAGUCUCAUGACGCAUGCUUUCCAGACACCUUGGAUGAAUUUGGCUCUGUAUUGGUCAACGUUUCCCCUUAUACUUGCAGCAUGGACGAAUCCGAGCCUAAAGGAUCCUCCCAUCUCAAUCCCUCAGCCAAAGAAUUCCUGCCUCAGUCUAAAAAUUUGAAUCCGAGUGACAGCAGUGAAUCUUAUGACCAUGCUACUUGUCCUAGUCUCCCCGUUCCUUGUGUGUUUGAUCCUCUGAGUUCUCAACAUUUAAAUUAUAAAACUGGGUGCCAAGAUGGGCUUGAAAAUGGAAAAGCUGAUGAACAAGAAGCAGAGUAUCAGCAAUACUACUUUGAUGUCCCACUGAAUGCAUUUAACACUGAGGCUCUCGGCUCUGAUAAUAAUUAUAUUAAUAUUGAAGAUGAUGAUGUAUGUCCUAAAAGUAAGACCAUUUUUGUUCAGACGAUUUGGGGUGACAAAGACACCAGAGAUGAUGUUGCCAUUAAUACAGAACCAUAUGCACAGUUUGAAAAGAACAGAGGAGAUAUGACCCAAACAGAAAAAAACAACAUAAAAUUUGAAAAGCUCAUCCGAAAUAUGAGGGAAAAGCUUAUGGCUAUGCAAAACAAAAGAAAGGAGUCAUGUUCUGUACUUGAUGCUGAAGUCAGAGAACUUAAUCAGCACAUAGAGAUUUCCAACAAAGAAUUGACUUUGUUCCAACAAAAGCUUGAGGAUGAGGUCCGGAAAGAUCAGCAGGAGAAGCGAGACCACCAAGAAACGCUGAAGGUUUUGAAGGGCGAGAUCAAAGAGCUGGUGGAUUUUCAGGAGAGUGUUUCCAGGCUAAUUCAGGAUAAGAAUGCGGAGUACCAGAAAGAAUUUGACCAUUUCCUUGCAAUAAGUAACCAAUGGGCAGCUGAGAAGAUGAGUUUGGAGGAUAAAGUAAAGAAAUGUGGAGAUCAGUGUGCGAAAGCAAGCAGUCGAUCACUAGCAGGACAGAUCUCAGUUCUGAAAAGCAGACGCGAGCACGGGCUGCGCGGCUUGAGGAAGUACUCGUCAGAUGGGAAGGCAAUUCUAAAACACCUGAUUGAGAUCUCGCCAACGUAUCAAUCUGCCAGCUUUAGUUCCAUCGUUGAGGCCUGGAAUUCAUGCAUACAGGAUGUUGAGGAGAAGCUCGUCAGAACCGAGACGCAGUAUGAAGAGCAGAUAGAGCUUGUGAAAAAGGGUACCAGCCUGUCGUCUCUCGCUGCAAUUGCUGUACCAAGCACCCCUGCUCCUCCUCUUGUACCGGCUUUUCUUCAUCCAUUAACCAAUCAGCAGGCAGUUCUGCAGCCGCUCCCUGUGCAGCAUGCGCACCCACACGCUUCAUAUGGAGUUCAGCAGCAUCCUGCCAGACCUCAGACACACGUGGUAGUAAACACGCACCACGCUAUGCACACACCUCCAGCAGCCGGUGAGAAUGUUGGUGCUCCAGCGCCCCCUGCAGCCUCAGCUCCAGUUCAGCCUCCACAGCCUCUUGCUGUAUUUGAGAGAAUCGUAGAUCGUCUCAGCUCCAUGUUCCCUCAUUACAGCAGAUCAGUCUUGACCAAAUUUAUUCACGAGGUUCGCUCUACAAAUGGUGGCAGUCUGAACACGCUGAAGUAUGAAGAAGUGAUUAACAGAGCUGCUCAGCUCAUCCUUGACCACCAGGAACACUCCCAAAAGGAGCAGAUGAACUCCGUGAGUGGCGGUGUGGUCGGAGCGAGAGAUUUAGCAGUACCCAGUCCAACUCCUCCCACUGACUCUUCCAGAGCUCCUGCAACUCCCCCACCGACACACGUGUGGAAGAACGUGUCCUCUCAGCAUCGCAAGUCUUCCCGAGCUCUGAACAUGGAGGACCCUUGCAUUAUUUGCCAUGAGGACAUGAAACCUGAGGACCUGUGCGUGCUGGAGUGUCGCCAUAGCUUUCAUAGAGAGUGCAUCAAGUCCUGGCUGAAGGAGCAGAGCACUUGUCCCACCUGCCGAGAGCACGCGCUUUUACCUGAGGAUUUCCCCAUGUUGCCAGGACGACAUAGACGGGGACACGUGCAUGCAGCAACCUCGUCCUGAAUGGAUUGUUGUGAUCAGUCUGUGUACAUACAUCUAUACAAUAAUCAUAUUGUAUAACACUUAUAGAAUUUUAAAUAUUAUAAUUAUAUAGCAUAAAUGAUGUGCUAUAUAAUGUCGUAACUAGAGUAAAUCAGUUACUGAAUACAAAUGGUACAAAACAGUGAUUGGGAUCACUAACCAUUUACUUGCACCUUUUUUUUUUAAAUAAUUAGGAAGUUGAUUGCAAAUUUACACUACAAACAAGGUGGACCAUUUCAGUUUUGCUUUGUUAGUUAUGAGUUGUCAUGCAGUUUAAGCUCUUCAUUCAACUAGUAAGGACCAAUCAGUAUUUUGUCUUAAAGAAUAUUUUAAUUUGUUCUGUAUUAAUCCUCAAUCUGUUUGUUUACACUUGAUCAGCUUCCUGCUUGUAUUUUUCUUAUAAAUAAUUUUAAAUGCUUAAUUUAAAAAAAAAAUAAAAUUUUUGGUUGGUUGUCU